UAUCAUCAGAAAUUAUUUCCAUUUUAAUCACUCUUUCGUACAGUUUCGAUUGAUUUGAUUUUAUUGUUUUGAAGGUGCGUUGGACAGUUUAUUUAAUUUUUGCGAAUCACCUAAAGUUACUGUUGCGCUGUCUACUGUAAGAUUUGUACUGCCAAAAUGCCAGAGAAUACAGUUGCCCAAAACCAAGAGCAGCAGGUGAAGAAAUUGAAAAGGUUCUUGGAAGGUUGGCGCAUGGCUGUUCUUCCAUUAAAGUCUAUAAUUCUGUGGGAACAACAGUGGCAUCCUUGUGCUAUAGUUGGCUCAGUCUCUUUUCUAUACUUUCUCAUUUGGCUGAUGGACCUAAACUCUCUUGCAACAUUCGCUGUUGUUGGCUUAUUCCUGAAUUUCGUGGACUUCAUAGUACCUGUGGUCUGUAAUUCACUCUAUGGAUCAACUUCUUGGACAGGACAUCAUGAGAAAAUGUACGAAGAUAUUUGCAAAAGCAUUGUAGCAAACUACAAUAAAGGCUUGCACAAUAUUCAACAAUUCUAUUCAUUGAGGGAAACCAGCCCAUGCAUGUACUACAUACUCUCUAUCAGCUUGCUGGUGACAUUUGCAUGGGUGGCCUCUUCCAUUAACAACAUAUUCUUGUUAUACAUGGUGUCUACUGCCGUGUUGCUGUGGCCUGGAGUCCGGAACAGAGGCAUUUUCAACACCGUCUUGUCCAUGGUCAACAUGGGACAGAAAACUAUUAAAUCUGAAUAAACAUUUUUUUUUUGCUGUAAUUAGUGUGUGCCUUUACCUCUGCAGGAAAGUAGUAGCUGGAGUGAUAUGAGUGGUAUAAAUAUUUGGCAUAGGUUCCAAGUAAAGGAUAAAUAUUAAAAGACGAAAAUUCUAAAAGAAUUAUCUAAGUGAUGAAAAAUUUAUAUUGGGCAGAAUGCCUCUAUUUCUGCAAAUUAGUGCACCAAGAAUAAAAUUCUAUUCGUGCAAGAUGGUGCAGUCUUUAAAUUAAAAAGAUAUUGCGUUUUCUCAUACCACUUUAGGUACUAUUUUCUUACCAGGGUAAGGCAUGCAAAUUAAGUAGCUUUUAAUAUUUAAUGUGAUUGGUCUGGUCAUAAGUUUUAAGUUAUGCUUAGCUUAUUAUGAGCUUUAAAUUACUGUGUAUGUGUGAUAUUAUACUUUUAUGAGAAUAAACAGCCAAAGCCUGA